UACUAUACAGCACUGACAAUGUCAACAUUUGAGGGUCUGGGGUACUACAAGGCAAACUGGGGAAUGGAGGAGCCAAUGAGCUGGGGCCACAAGAGCGGAUGUAACUUUCUCAAUGGAAGUUGCACUGAAAACGAGAAACACUAUCCCAAACAAUUCUGUAGCGACGCCACUUCUCGAUGCACGUCGGACCGCUCUGCGUACGGGAAGUGCUAUCGGGGCCAACAAAGGGAAUAUCAAGGUCCUAAUGAUGUUUGUCGCGUGAUUGGGAGUUUUACUGAGGGCAACGAUAACGUAAAGACCUAUACUUAUUGUACUGGGGCUGAGACCAACGCCCUUCCUGGAUCGCUGAUGGGCCCUGAUUCGUGGUGCCUGGAUGGUGAGGGACUGCAGGUGCAAAAUGCUGGGGAGAGUGCUGAGAGCCUGUCCGGUGUGUGUGCGCGGGUGUCGUGUGAUGAAGGCAGACGUGCAGUCGAGGUGCAGUACAAGGGUAGCGACACAUUUAAGGAAUGUCCCGAAGGUACCUCAAUCGAUGUCGAAUCCUCUGCGUUCCAAAGCGGUGGUAAGAUCAAGUGCCCCAAGUACGAUGAGGUGUGCACCAUCACACCGGAUGGCAGAAGCAGAUUGUCCAUGAAUGUUGAACCCGACAGCACACGCAGGGCUGCUGCUCUCUCUGCUCUUGUGCCUCUCGCCAUGACCUUCACUCUGAUGGGUCUUCUGUGA